AUGGAGAGGAAAUCACUUGGCUUCUUGUUCUUGCUCCUUCUUGUCCUUGCUUCCCCAGAAGUGGUGGUGCAGACAGAGGGAAGGGUGUGCGAGUCACAGAGCCACGGCUUCAAAGGCGCAUGCGCCGGUGACCACAACUGUGCUCUCGUUUGCAGGAACGAAGGUUUCUCCGGUGGCCACUGCCGAGGGUUCCACCGCCGCUGCUUUUGCACCAAACUUUGUUGA